AUGCCAUCCUUUUCCAGAUGGGCCCGGAAGUUGAAGCCCAGGCAAGGCUGGCUUCCGAGCGGAUGGCGGCGGUCAGCCAUCGUCAACAUCGGGCUCAUGUCGACAUGCGUGCUCAUUCUCCUGGGAAUCCUAGCGACGGCAAUUUCAAGGACUCAAAACGUGGCACAAGUGUGGAAGUUUUACACGGCAGACUGUAAAAGCCGGAGUGUCAGCAUCACCAAUACCCUCCUUCACUUGUUUCUCAACGUGCUUUCAACCACGGUACUCGCUUCAUCCAACUUCUUUAUGCAGGUUCUAAACGCGCCAUCUAGGCGGGAGGUCGCAGCCGCACAUGCCAGAGGAGACUGGCUUGAUAUCGGUAUCCCAUCAUGGCGAAAUGCAUUUCGCCUCUCGCGAUUCAAGGCAAUAGCGUGGAUAAUUCUUUUCAUCACUUCUCUUCCAAUUCACAUGUUUUUCAACAGCUCCAUCUUCCAGAUGGACGGGCGAAUGGGUGACUUUCACGUCACAGUGGCCACUGAAUCUUUCCUUGAAGGAGGCCGCUACUACCUACCGGGUGCCAGCUUGUUCACUCGCGACUUGUUUGUCAAAGAUCCCAGCACCUGGUGGUGGAGCUAUAACGGAUACGGGACCAAAGAGACUAUUUUUGCUUUCGAAAACUAUCGCAACAACACCGUUUCUUCCGAAAGAACCAACGUGUCGAUUGCGGCAACCAAUGCAUCCGAGUGGUCCAGAUUGGACACUUCGACAUGCAGGACAAUGUACACUGCGGAGCGAUGCAACGGGCUUCGCGACUAUAGCGACGUCGUGUUAGUCACGAAAGGUUCUCCAUGGCGUAGAUCAGAUCUAUGGAAUCUGAGCAGCACCGCCGAAGACCUCUGGGAGCCCCUCGUGCCCAAAGACGAAACAAACGCAUUGUGGUUUGCCACACAGUGUCACAUGGAAGGCACCAUUCAAGAGAACGUGCCACUUUGCAAUAACAAAUGCAAUGCCUUCAUGACUACAGAGAGUACAGACGGACCUUGGCACAUGAAUACCUCUGACUGGUAUCGUUAUCCUUCAGCGGCAGACAUUGGGGGUGGAAACUACCCUUGGCGGAACGAAAGCACCAUCAUCGUUUCAGGAUGGAACAGUACUCUUUACUCUGCUUCCAGCGAGAACAUCACAUUCGGCUUCCAGAAAAGCCAUGAUACGUUGGAGAUUUCCCACUGCCUAGCAAAACCGAGAGAUUUAGGAACUACUUGCGCCGUCGCUCUUUCCAAGCCUCUACUUCUCGGCGUCGUGGUAUCGAUUUUGAUCAAGAUACUUACCUGCAUCGGUAUCCUGUACGCUCUGGGAUCGGAGGAAUCCCUGGUAACUCCUGGCGAUGCCAUUGCAUCGUUCUUAUCCACGCAUGAUGGUGAGACCAAUAGACCUGGACUCCUUACACAAGAUAUGGUGAGGAAGAAAGCCAGGAACAAGGGGAAGAAUAAGGAAUCAGAUGCAGCUUACGUCCAGGUAGGGCCUCGACAGUGGGUAGAUCAGCAUGUCCGGAGAGCUGCGUGCGUACCUCGAACGGCUUGGUUCGGCACUUACAGUAUCUUGGUUUUUGGUGACGUGGUAGCAAUUGCUUGCUUCGCGAAACAGUUGGUUGAGGGUGUACCGCUCUCCUGGAUAAAGGCCAAUCCUGCAGAUGCAACCAGCGUCAUCUCGCCAGUCGACGGCGGCAUCGCCUUUAUUGCAUCCGUGCUUGUUGCUAACGCGCCGCAACUGUACUUAUCUUUUUGGUAUCUCGCGUACAACGCCCUUAUUACACGAUUGGAGAUGGGUCGUGAGUGGUCGCGUUUCUCCACCGAGUAUCGCCCCUUACGCGUAUCUUCACCGAAAGGGCAACAAAUCGCUACGUACCGGCUGCAAUUGCCUUACAGGUAUAGCAUACCCCUUAUGGUUACAAGUACAAUGUUGCAUUGGUUACUCUCAAAUGCGCUUUUCAUCAUUGUAUCGCAGGGCAACUAUUUCCGCAUAGGCUCAGGCACGGAUAACCCCGACGAGCCAGGUGGUUACAAGGCCGACACGAUUAGUCUUCCGCCAGACGCCGUAGUUGGGCUUGGGACCUCAUCUUUGCCCGUUUUGAUGUUGAUUAUUCUUGGAUCAAUCAUGAUGGCCGGUCCAAUUAUUUUGUCUUUGAAACGGCUACCUGGGUAUAUGCCCGUGGUGGGAUCCAACUCACUAGCAAUGGCUGCUGCGUGCCGAGUUUCGCCGCUGUCAAAGGUUCCCACAACAGAGUAUAAGGGAGGCAGUGGUGAGGAUACCGAGCUAGAAGAGCUUGUGGUGGGAUCGAAGCAAAGCCUGCAGACUAGUGGAGAUAGGUUUGCGUGUGAAUCUGGGGAGAUGGCUUACCAUCCUCUAAAAUGGGGUGAGGUUGAAAUGCCUCAAGAUUGGUACGAUCGAGUUGCGAUUGAUGGCCAGACGAAUGAGCGGGUGGGACAUUUGAGCUUUGGGACUGUGCUAGACGAUCCAAAACCACCGGUUGAGGGGCGCUUCUACAUGUAG